AUGUCCCAGACAACUUGGCUCGCCUCCGGCCUGACUUGGUGGUCAUCGACCUCUAUUGUCGAGGCACGGGAGAGGAAGUAUGCCACCUACGAUCUCCUCGCCCAGACUCUCCGAGCCGGCGGCUUCCAUGUCACCGUGGAUGCCUUUGUAGUCGGCUCUCUGGGCGCGUGGGACAAAGCCAAUUGGGGGACCCUAGCCCGACUAGGUGUCUCCCGUCAAUAUGGCGUGGCCCUCUCCCAGAUGAAUCGAUCAAGGAGGGAUCCUCGUCCUCCGGUUUAUCUCACGAGUGAAGAAAUAGAGGAAUGCUGUAUGCUGCCACCUGAUUCGAGUGACGAUAAUAGUGCAGACGACAGUGACGCCGACCCAGAUUACGACCCAGACCUUGCCCACACAAACCGACUGGAAAGAUUUAUGCAAUCUAAAUACAAUAAUGACGAAGAAAUGAACUCCGAAGAAGACAACUUAGCAGAAAUUCGAAAUGAAACCUCAAGUCAAGCAGAAGAGGAAGAACCGUCUACUUCUACGCAGGCACCAAGGAAGACCAACAAAGAUAAGCCUCCACCCCCACUUUGGACAAAUGUGGAUGCUGCCGAAAGUGUAAGAGAGCCUGUUAUCUGGAAAGACACACUUCCUGAAAGUACUGUGCGUGCCUCUCCUAUAGAAUACUUUAAAGAAUUUUUUGACAACUCAAUUCUUGAUAGAAUUGUAGAUCAGUCAAAUUUAUUUGCAAUUCAAAAAAGUCCUAACAAGCCAUUGAACUUGACCAGGAAUGAACUCGAACAAUAUAUUGAGGAGUAA